AUGGGGGUCCGGGAUGGCCGGGCCACCACCCUGUGCGGCCAGGCCGAGUGCUUCGACUGGCUGCUGCGUCUCUGCGUGGACUGCAAGCUCUUCCGGACGCCGGAGCCCAGCCCAAUUGCCAGGCCGAGCAGCUCGGCGCCCGGGACGGCGCUGCAGCCGCAGGAAUCAGUGGGCGCGGGCGCCGUUCCGCUGGGGGCGCUGCCGCUGCCGGCGCUGCUCUUUGGCGCCCCCGUGCUGCUGGGGCUGGUACUGUGCCUGGUGCUGCUGGUCCUGCUGAGUCGGCGGCGGCGCUGCGGGGCGGGAGAGCUAUGGCCCAGUCCUGACCCUCCACCCCUCCCCCCAGAGCCCCUGGACAACGUCAUCACUCUUAACCCUGGACCUGUGGAUGCCGCAGCGCCCAUCUGGCCUUCACCUGAAGACCCAGCCACCUCCCCACCUGCCCACAGUGUCCCCGUGCCAGCCACAGAGCUGGGGUCCACUGAGCUGGUGACCACCAAGACAGCCGGCCCUGAGCAACUGUAG